AAAAUAUAAAACCUUAAAAGUUAGGAAAUAUAAUAUGUACAUAGAAGUAUAAUUACACAUAUAUACAAACAUAUCAAGGGAUAAAAAGUUGUUAAAAAGAAUAUUCUCUGUAUCGUAAUUUUUUGUGCGGGAAAAUGACCGAAGAUUUAUUGAUUAAAGAAAAAGGGUUUCGACAGCUCAAUGAAGAACUUGAACAGAAAGCACAUAAUUUAAUGGAAAAAAUAGAUUAUGCUAUAAAUACUUAUAAUAAUGAAUAUUCAGCGUGUGAUCCAAAAACGCACUCGAAUUUCGUAGAAGAAAAUAUAACAGCACAAACAGAAAAUAAUACUCAAAUUUGUAUUAAACGCAAUUCGUCUUUACCAUACAUUUUUAGACAGCUAUCGCCUCCAACAUCAAAAGUAGAAACACAGAAGGAAAUUGUGAAUGAAGCUUCAACGAAAAGAAGCUUGGCAAAUAAAACAGUUAUUAAUUUAUUUAAAAGUAAAAUAGAUAUAUUACAAAAUGAACUACAGACAAUACAAACUGAAUACAAAAAGAAGUGUGAGAUCUGUAAAAAUUUGGAGUCUGAAAAAAACAAACUUGAGGUGAAACUACAGAAUGAAGUGGAAUCAUUAAAAGAGACAGUUACAAAGCUGGAAUGUGCUAAUAAAGAGUUACAAUGCCAAUAUCAAACAAUAAAUGCAGAGAAUUUAAUGAUGAAAAAAGACUUGGAUAAACUUGAGAAAGAAUUAAAAGUAUCAAAUCAACGUGGCAGUAAUUAUAAUACAAGAUUAAAUAGAUCAUUGGAAAUAAAUGAGAAGCUUAAAAGUGCUCUUAGGUGUUCUCAAGCAGAAGAAAAGGAACUUAGAAAUCAAAUUAGAAAAUUGCAAGAUGAUAAAAGACUGACCAUUAACAAUUUGGGAAAACAACUUUCAGAAUUAGUACAAGUAUUAAAAAAACAAAUGUUAAUUAUAGACAAUUUAAAGAAACAAAAUGUAAGUGGUUAUUUUACCUGUUCAUAUAAAAUAUCAAGAAAAUUAUUUUAUCUACUUAUUUUUAUAUUUAUUUAUAACCAAGGCAUGCUUAAUAACAAUUGGACAAUUAAAAUUCACAAAAGAAGAUUUUUCAAGAUUAUUGGAUCAGAAACUUCAAUGCAUAUGAUAAAUUGUAUAUAAAACGUUUAUUGAAUGACUACUACAAUUUAUACAUUGCAAAACUGGAAUAAUUUCAUUUCAUAGCCACACAUUUUGUACAACUCUAUAUUACAGACUGUAUUUUCUAAUGAUAUUCUUCGCAAAAACCUUUUAUCCUAUACAUUACCUGUCAGAUAUUUAAAAAAAAUGUUAAGGUUUGUAUUUUCUAACUCAAGACUUGGUGAAUUCUAAACAAUUUAAUUUAAGAAGUACUUUAAUACCUUGAAUUUGAAGUAAACAAAUUUUGUAUUGUAUUAUAAUCAUAGCAGUUAUUUAUUUAUUCUAUGCACAGUUGUGAUAACAUUCAAAUGAUGAAGAUCUGCAAUACCUCUUAAAGCGAAAUACAAAAAAGUAUAAAUAGUGUUACCAUGGAAAUCAUAUUUUUUUAUGAAAUGUUAUUACUAUUGCAUAUGACGUUUACAAAAACGGUAUGACAUACAAUUUUGAGAAAACGCGUAACUGAUUUCCAUUGUAACUAGCUUGAAUUGGAUAUUUUUAACGAUUAGCUAAAUUUUUAUUUACAUGAAAGUCCUAUUUUGUGCAUAAGAAAGAAAAUUAAUAACGACGAACUUCGAUUAUUAUGUACAAAAAUUUAGAACAUGUUGCUCCGUAAUCGAUAUUCUGCGAGACACUCGUUUCGAUUUUAUGUGUAUAAUAUAUAAUCACAUAUCUAAGAGACAAUGCCAUCUUAACAAAACACAUUGAAAUUUGAAACUUUUGAAGAUUUCAUAAAAUAUCAAUAAGAUGUUCUAAAUCAAAUACAGCAUAGAAUUUAGAAAUUUUAAUUUAUAUUUUAAUCAUAUGUUAUACUUUAAACAAAGUGUUCUGUGUAAUUUCUAUUUAUAUAAGUAAACUAAUAAUUUAAAAAAUAUUAAUUUUAAGUUAAUUAAAUAAUGUCAGACAUUAAAAAUAAAAAGCAAGUAAAAACGAUACGCGUAUUGGUACUCUUGACCAAACGUUAUUUGCACAACCUUUCAACAAUUAGUUUACCUUUUCAAUGCUUGAGUUUGUAAGAUUUUAUCGAAUGAAAUUAUAAAAUUAUUAUAUUUUUAUUUAAUAACAUACAUUAAGUUAAUAGUUUUUUUUUGUUUAUAAUCAAAUAUGAAUACAUUACUCACUCCUGAAAGUUUAUUAUAAUUUACCCCACAUCUUCCAUUAUCCUUCUGUUUUUGAUUAUAUAUAAUAAUUAUCAAUUUGAAAUUUUCAGUUGUUUUACACAUU